UGUUAGUGCAGCUGUCCCUUUAAUAGUUCUGAUACCUGGUGACAUCACAGGAAGCAGGAAGUAGUAAGGUUUAGUGAAGUUUGCACAUGGCCAAGGAGUCUGCAUGAAUCCACAUGCAUCUGCCCUCAAUCCUUCGUCUUUUGGAGCAUCAUCUUUUCACACUUUCUACAUCAUUAAACCUGUGGACAAAGAGUAAUGGUCUUCAGAGUCUUGAUGGAAGAAAAGUGUUGAACCUUGCUGCCGGUUCCUCUUCUGUGCAGUGUGAAGAGGGAAAGACAGUACAGUGAAAAGACGUUGGGUUACAGACAAGGUAAUACAGUGCACAACAGCUACUGCUAUCACGCUACAUAGCCUCUACUUGCCUACACUAUGGAUUCAAAGCCAUCGUCAGUGAAGACACGGUCUUAUGCUUCUAUGUCAACCACACGUUCUCAUGGAUCGGCUACCAGCGCUACAGCUGUAAAAGCUAGGGCUAAUGCUGAAGCAGCAAAGGCACGUUUAGCAUUUGCAGAGCAAGAAAUGAAGUUAAAAAUGGAAAAGGCUCAUCUGGAAGCUUCUAUAGAAAUGCUGACCACAGAAAAGGAAACUGCUGUAGCGAAGGCAGAAGCUUUAGAAGCAGCGGUUGGCGUUAGUGAAGGAAAACACAGUUGCAAACUUCCUCUCAUUGCAACAUCAGUCGACUCUGCUGAGCGUUCAAAAGAGUAUGUGGAGAAACAAGCUGAAGUAUCAAGAGACAUCCAGAUGGAAUCACAGGAGGAUUCACCCUUGCAGGACGAGACACAGCAGCCGCUUCCUGAGGCACCUUUGCAUAAUACGGUGUGCAUGCCACGUCUCAAUUCGCUGACUGAUGGUCCCCCCAACGCUGCUAUUACUGUCUUUGAUACUCCACUGCAUCCUCCACGUAAACAAAAGAGCCUUAACCCCUUUGUCACAUCAGAUGUGAAUUGCAACUCAGCUCAACAGACAGAGCACCACUACGGAGUACUCAAAGAAAAUGAUUAUGAAGAUUUUCUAAGGCCUUCAUGCAGUGUAACUGCACAUCAGCCACCCUGGAAGACCAACAGCGCCAUGGAAGCUCUUUCCCAUCACCCAUAUGGUAACUCUCAGUGGCCUAGUUACUCCACUGAUCCACAUGUGACAGACUUUGUCAGAUUUCUAGCACGACGUGAGCUCGUUACAAGUGGUCUACUACAAUUUAACAGUAGACCAGAAAACUACAGGGCCUGGCGACGUUCAUUCCAGAAUGCGGUGAGAGACUUGAAUCUAACAAGUGAUGAAGAAAUGGAUCUUCUUGUCAAAUGGCUGGGAAGUGAAUCAGCUAAGCAUGCAAAGCGCAUUAGGUCCAUCCACAUAAACCAACCAGCUAAAGGGCUGAGCAUGAUCUGGAACCGACUAGAUGCUUCUUACGGUUCAUCUGAAGCUAUGGAGAAAGCUUUGUUCCAAAAACUGGAUAGUUUCCCCAAAAUUGGCAAUAAAGACUACUCCAAACUCCGGGACCUCAGUGAUUUACUGAUGGAACUAGAUGCCGCCAAGGCUGAGGGAGCUCUGCCUGGUCUUUUGUGUCUUGAUACCCCCAGAGGUGUAAAUGCAAUAGCCCAAAAAUUACCAUAUGGUAUACAAGAAAAAUGGCUUUCUCAUGGACCCAGUUACAAACAAUCACAUUGUGUAACAUUCCCCCCAUUCUCAGUGUUCGUUUCCUUCAUUUACCAGCAAGCACAGAUGAGGAAUGAUCCAAGUUUCAACUUUGUUUCUCAAACCGAGAGGGUUAAAAUGGAAAAACCUCCUUGGAAAAACAGUAGACAAAGGGAGAUUUUAGUCAACAAAACAGAAGUGUCACCUGCUGCUCGCUCAGACAACAGAAACAAAAAGAAUGUGGAGGAUCCAGAUAGGAGAUGUCCUAUACAUAAGAAACCUCACACAUUACAAAAGUGUCGUGCCUUUCGAGAGAAACACUUAGAAGAAAGAAUGAACUUUCUCAGGGAGAAUGGCAUCUGUUUUAAGUGUUGCAACUCCUCAGCGCACACCGCGAGGGAAUGCCAAAGUAUCAUUAAGUGCACUGAAUGCGACAGUGAUAGACACUCAUCUGCUCUACAUCCAGGUCAGGUACCCUGGGUUAAGAACAUAAGCAUGCCUUUGGAGCAUGGCGGGGAGCAAUGUUCCCUCUAAGCUGCGCACGUGCGCAAUUGCGCACUGCUGGCACGGUCUCUGCGCACAGAAAAUCUGCGUUGCUCACAAAAAAAAAAUCUAACCUGAAUUGAAAUUAAA